AUGGCUCCCUCGACAGGCCCAGCAAGGGCUGCGGGAGGGGAAAGGAAGAAGAAGAAGCUCACAAGGGAAGCCAAGUUCAAGAAGGCAAAGGCGCAGGAGGCGGCCGCCGCCGCUGCGAGCGCGGGCUCCUUGGCAAAGGCAAAGGUGAAGGGCAAGGGAAAGGCCAAGGCCAAGGACGAGGACGAAGUCGAGGAGAACAUUCACCCGUUUCGUUACAAGUCAUUCAACGACCGGCUCGCUUCGGUCCACAUCAACGUAUCGCGAAACCUGGGAAGGGGCGGCACGGGCGCGCUUGCGGGACUCGAUGGCCACGGCGCUCUACCAGGCCCUUCGUCGGGUCGGAUGGACGUCGAUGGCGACGAAGAGGAUGAUGAUUUCGAGGACGAGGCGCUCCACGCCAAGACGGCCUUCGGGAUUGCCAUACAGGCCUGGAGAGAACUAAACCUCUCACUACCUUUUACCUCGUUUGCCCAGGACAUCCAGCCACUCUCGCUCUCGCUCCCACUGCUUCUGCACAACCAGGAGCGCAUAACCUCAGCGCUCUCCUCGGCGCUACAAGUACGCUACCACGACUCCUACCUCGCCUUUGAGCCAGCACUCGACCUGAUACCACGCCUGGCCCAAGACCUUGGCUCGGCCUUCAUGCCGUCCUACCCGGAACUAUUGCAGGCAACGCUGGGAGCCACAAUCAUUAAUAAAAAUGCGACAGAGGGCGAGGAGCAUGUGGCAGCAAAGAUUGUCGAGAGGGCUUUUGAAAGCGCAGCAGCGACGCUGAGGUGCGUCGCCCCUCAUGUCCUUAGUGACCGAGGCGUCCCAACAGAGGGGAAGGAUGCCCUCAUCGCCACUUGGGACAUUGUCAAGCCUUACCUCGGCGGGCAGGACGAAUCCGAGACCUUUGAGGACGACGAAAGCCCAGAAGAGGUAGACGAAGAGGCGGAGCUGCGCGAGCUCGAGGAAGAUGAUCCUGACGCUCUGUCGAAAGAGAACGGAAGAGAGCCGAGACAUCGUGCGCAAAGGAGGAAGCGACCUCCGCCGGCACACACUCGUCGCUUUGCUUCUGAGGCAUUUGCCCACCUGGUUCGAAAGGCAAAAGGACGGCAAUUGACAAAAGUUGCGAGGAUAAUGUCGACAGAUCUGCAGGCCGCUCUGCGGAGGUACAAAGAGGAGGAAGAGGGGAAGAGGAGGAGCAACCUGUCCACAUCGGUGGCCAAUUUUGCUUGUGGGAUAGCUGGAGUGUGGGCAGAGGUCGUCAAGUCGGUCGAUAGUCGCAUUCACAGCGCCGCGCCCUCCCAUCUGUCUGCCGCUCUUCUCUCACCGGUGGCUGGAGCCGAGGCCGACCGGGUGGCAUUCAAAGCGAGCAACCUGAUUGGUCGCAACGUCUUCACUUCCCUCGUCCACCAUUCUCUGUCGCAACAUCUGGUCGAAUUGCACAACUUUGUCAUCGAAAUGCUCGAUGACAAGGUCAAGGCGUGUCAAGGUGAUCAAGAAAGCGAAGAGAAGAUUCUAGCCCUUGUAAACGCAAGUGAUUGGCUGGUCGCCCUCACUGCUACCCGAAAGGGAAAGCGCGUGGAUGAACAAGUCAAAAGCAAGCUCUUUGCAAGCUUGGCCAAUACUGCUACCGUUCUGGCAGACAGCAAAAGGGUGACCGACCCGUAUCUCCGCGAAGCGCUCGAAAGAAGCCUUGUACGACUUCUGGCUUUGGCAUUGCCACUGGGAAGAAUACAAGACCUGGUUGGUGCCGGCAUCAAAAUCGUCGAGCGGCUUUCCACACCCGAUGGCGAGGGCCUUUUACCUGCCCCCUUCGUCGCGAUGGUCCUUUCCCUAGGCGAUCGAGAUCUCGACUGGUCAGGCUAUCGACAGGUGGCACUUCCCACAGUGCUUCAGAGGACAUCCGACGCCAUCAAUUCGAGCAACGUCGCCGUCUCACAACAAGCUUUCCGAGUCUGUGCGCUCGUGCAGCAGCAGAACCAGCUCGACUUCCUGGUCACAGCGACACCUACACCUGCACUGGCGAGGUGGAGCAACGUCGUCUCCACUGCUGUCGUCGAGCGCCUCUCGGGGUUGAAGAGUCUCUUUGAAGAAGGCAAAGGGGCAGAGUACGGUCAGGAUCAUGUGGAAGCGUUAGCUCUGGCGCCUCUCUUCAAAGCCCAAGCCGAGGCUAUGGCGUCGCUGUUGUCCAGUCUCGUUGUGCCUCUCUCUGCCAUGUGCAUGGCUUCCGAAGAUGGAGACGACCCCGCCUCUAUCGGUAGAAUUGCCUUCUUGCUCGGAUCCUGCCUCGACGCAUUGGCCGCCCUUCUGGAACAGGGCUCGCCUAGCUUUGCUGAGAAGACGUGGGUCGCGUUGCAGCCAGCACAGCUCCCUGAGCUCGUCAACUCCCUCUCUUGGCAUCGAGUAGCCCUGCUUGCAUACACUCGACUCUGCUUGGCCGGUGCCAACAAAUUUCAGCAAGUCAACUUCGUAUCGCUCGAUGAUGUGGCAGAGUCGCUCAACGGUCCCCUCAUGGGGUCAGACGAGGCAUUGCGACUGGCAGCGUCGCGGCUUUUGGCUCUAGCAGGCGCUAGCUCUGGCGCCGGCAGCUUCCUCGAUGGGAUCGUCGAUAUCGAGCAGACCGCUCUGAGCGUCGAAACGAUCCGCGAGCGUAAUGUCCGGACCAGGGCGCUGAGUCGGGAGCUCCUUCGCCUGUCGGCCUCGGGCGAAGCCAAAGAGAAGAUCAACUUGCUCGUGUCGAUCGCAGUGCGCUACCUCGUCUCGACAAUGAGGCUCAACUUCAUGCCUCUGUGGGAAGAGAGCAGAAAGGCGCUUGCUGAGCUGGCACCAAGAUUUGGUGGAGAGGUGUGGAAAGUAGCCUUUGACGAGCUCAAGAAGCCAGCAUCGAUUGGGAGACAAAUGCUGCAGAUCACACCACAAGAAUCUGGAGAGGAAUCUGGAGAGGUCGGAUAUGCAGAAGACUUUGAAGGCGAAGAGACCGCCGAAAAGCAAUUCAGAGAUCCGCUCUUGAAGGAGCGGAGAGACGCUGUCGACCACUUCAUCAGGAAAGCGAGAAUCGAGCAAAAUGGCUCCACUACCAUCUCCCUAUCGCAGCUUGCCGAUGCUCAGAGACCCCGCGGCCGCCUCGAUAUUGUCAACUACCAGUCGCAGAUUCUCAAGCUCUUCAGCAGCAUCCACUCGGUCGCUGAGCGCAACAACGGGCCGCUUAUGCAGCACUUCUUCCAUACGGUGGCCAGCCGGGCGCCACUAUCAGAAGAUGACGUUGAAGCGGAGAGAGCGGAGGGAGAGACCGACGAGGAGGAUAUGGUCAAGCUGACUGUUCUGGAAAGAAGAACACAGUUGUGCGCCUACCUCGAAACCUUUGCCCACCUCUCCAAUCCGAAAGCACUGUUCCGUGCUAAGGACCUCUACAGCUUCCUUCUUACCCUUUGCGCGCAGGGAGACGGCAAGGUGCAGAAGAUGGCCCUGGACUGCAUCCUGACGUGGAAGGAUCCGGCUCACACGACGUAUGCGACGAUCCUCAAAAACUUCCUCGAGCCUUCCAAGUUUCGCGACGAGCUCACCAGCCUCGACUUGUCACUGAGAGGCGAAUCCAUCCAGAAGGCCCAUCGACACGGUUUCCUGGCUCUGGCUCUGCAUCUCCUCUUUGGGCUCAUGAUCUCGAGAAGGGGACGCUUGUCGUCGGGCUCGGGCGCAUCAGGUCGCAAGAUGGCCAUUUUGGGUGCCCUGUCCGAAUGCUCUGCGGAGGAGCUGCAAACGCUCGUCGAUCUCAUGCUCGCUCCCUUGCAGGACCAGAGGCCGUCAUUCGACAACAGUGGACGCUUCGUGUUCCAGCAAGAUGGAGCACCGCAAGCGUCUAGGAAGCGUCAGGCCGGUUAUCUCUCUUUGCUGGGCGACGUCAUCAAGCACCUCUCGCUCAAGUUGCAGCCACAAUGGGCCCAGCUGAUCGGUGUCACCCUCAAUCUCACCUACCACGCGUCGCUCGUCGCUGAGUCGGGACAGGGCAAGGCGACGCUGCCAGACCGAGCCAUUCGCCAGACCGGCCUGAAGCGCAUCGCAGACUUCUUCCGUCAGCCGACCGAAUAUGAUUGGUCUGCGUUCUUACCCGCACUCUUCGAACAGCUCAUCACUCCUAGGCUGUCCUUGCUCAAGGUCGAGAGCAUCCAGAGCCCGUCGGCCAUCUUGGACGUGAUCCACACGUGGUCAGCGCGCAGCGACACCAUCUUUCUCCUCGUUGAGCACGAAGAAACGCUUCUGGAUCACGUCAGUGCCUGUCUGGCGGUGCCUUCGGUCAAGCCGCCGGUCAUCUCAAAGAUUCUUGACAUUAUCGAGCGAGCCUUGUCCUUCGCCAACGAUCAGGUGGCAGAGGGUCAGGAGAACAUCGCAGAGGCGGUCAAGGACAAGAUUCUUCGACCUCACAUCUCGCCACUCAUUCAGAGUGUCGCACCGCUCGUGCAGCGAUGCUCAGGAGCCAGUGGCGUUGAAGCCAAGACCAUCGGUCGCGAAGAGCUGCUCCGUCGGCUGCUCCGCCUGCUGGCCGAUUUGGCGCCCCUUGUCUCGACGGCCGAUGAUGCUUCGCUACUCCUCGAGCUGCUUGGUCCCAUGCUCCGAAAGAGCAACGCCUUGAUUCCAGAAAGGAGCAAGACGGACCUCCUGCAGAUCUUCCAAGACCUCCUCUUGCUUUGUCCCUCAUUUCAAGACCCAUCGUCAGAGACCUUUAGUCGGCACUACGACCUGUUCUCGAGCCUCUUUGCAAUGUUGCGAUCGCGCGAGGCGAGGCUUCAGUUGGGAUCCGUCUUGCGCCAAUUCGCGCGCAUCGACGAUAGCUUGGACAGAGUAACAGGUUGGGCAGAGGACCUCAAUGCGUUCAGUAAGCGACGCAUCGACGAAGCCGACUUUGACCGACGGCUGGGUGCUUUUGACGCCAUAAAUGACGAGCGUUCGCCACCAAAUCCGAGCAUAAGCGCACGAGAGUGGCUCCCCAUUGUCCACAACAUGAUCUUUUUCAUCCAGGAUGCAGACGAGCUCGCCAUUCGCUCCAACGCAGGCAUGACGCUACGCAACUUUAUUGACGCAGUGGUGGCGACUUCGUAUCCGGUUGAGCUCAAGACCAUCUUCUCCACCGUCGUCUACCCAGGCAUUCGACGCGCACUUCGUUCGAGGCAUGAGCUGGUGCGCAGGGAGGUGCUGAGCGUCAUCGGUCAUGCCGCCGAGAAGCUCGAUCGCUAUGAACACUUGGCCGAGAUGAGAGGCUUGCUGGCCGGAGGCGACGACGAGGCGAAUUUCUUCUACAACAUCCAUCAUCUACAGAUCCAUCGACGGGCCCGAGCACUACGUCGCCUGGGUGAUGAAGCCGAGAAAGGAAGCCUAAAGAGCAAGACAAUUUCCGACGUCUUUGCGCCACUGGUCGGACAAUUUCUGUUCGAAGAGAAUGUCGAAAAGAGCGAUCAUCACCUCGUCAAUGACGCGGUUGUCUGCCUCGGUAGACUGACUUCGCAACUUCAAUGGGGGCCUUACAAUGCGCAGCUGUGGAAAUAUCUCGGCCUGGCAAGCAAGGACAAGGAGCACGAAAAGAUCUUUGUCCGUGCCGCUAUGGCGAUACUGGACAACUUCCACUUCGACAUGGACGAGCAGGCCAUACUCGAUGAGGCAGCUGCUGACGGAGACGAAGACGCCGAGAAUGGCGAGGAGAGAGCGGAAGAAGAAAUCGACGCUGGAAUGCAGGUGGACGACGAGGAGCAAAAGACCAAGGCCGUGGCCCAAUCGCGAAAGGUUCUCGGAGCAGUGACGAAUCGGCUGCUCCCCAAGUUGAUGGGCUACCUGAACCAGAAAGAAGAUGCGGAGGAUACGGUGCGAUUGCCGCUCGCAGUCGGCAUCGUGCGCGUCAUGCAGAGGCUGCCAGAGGAGUCAAGAGAUCUACAGAUUCGGAAGCUUCUCAACACCAUGGCAAAUGUGUUCAGAAGCAAGUCGCAGGAAACGCGCGAUCUGGCACGAGAAGCGCUCAGCAGGGUUGCCCUGUCCUUGGGCCCCUCGUACUUUGCCAUGCUCGUCCACGAACUAAGACGGGCACUGACCCGUGGUCCACAGCUCGCUGUGCUGGCAUACACGGUACACAACAUCCUCGUCAACAUGAUGGCCGUGCCGUACGAGGAUGAGAAACGUGACCAUCUCACAUUGCUCGAUGAGGGUGUUGCCGACGUCGUGCACGUCGCCGCAGAGGACAUCUUCGGACACACGGCCGAGGAUCGAGAGGCCAACGAGCACUAUCGAAGCAAGACGCGCGAGAUGCGGCAAAGCAAGAGCAUGGACACCUUCGAGCAGCUCGCUAAGGUCGUCGCGCCAAAGCAGAUGACGACGGUCCUUGCCCCCGUUCGCGAUAUUAUGCAGCAAACAGAGGCUCAGCGGGCAGUGCGGGGUAUCGAUGGCGUGCUCAAACGAAUUGCAGCAGGUCUCAAUGCCAACGCUCAUUUCGCGGACAACGAUUUUCUCGUUCUCAUCCACACGCUUCUGAAUCGCGACUCUCCCUUCUUGCAACCACGGAAGAAAGAAAAGGUUGACGGGGACAAGGACCUACCGCCUAACCACACAGUCCUGCUCAAACGGAGAGACGUCGAAAAGGGCCAAAUAAAUCGUGAUCACUUCAGCCGCAACGUCCAUCGCUUCGUCGCAUUCGGCCUUGACAUGCUCAUCACGGCUCUCCGCCGCAAUCGUUUCGACGUCACCGACGCAGGCACACGGUCUCGACUGGAACCUAUGGUCAGCAGCGUUGCGAACUGCCUCUACGCGCCCGAAGUCGACCUCGUCACGCUGGCUCUCAAGGCAGUGGGAUCACUCGUCAAGCUUGGCUCCGAAACGUUGCCUUCCCUCCAGAAGGGUCUGCCGCUCAUCGUGAAGCAGACGAUAAAGCUCGUGCAGAGCGAGGGAGGGACGCAGUCCGAUGUGUCGCAGGCUGCCCUCAAGAUGCUCUCCGUCGUCAUGCGUGAAGAUGAAGUCGACUUCAGCGAGCAGCAUCUCGCCGAUCUGUGCCAUCUCAUCGUGUCAGAUCUCGAAGAGCCAGCAGUGCAAUCGACGCUCUUUGCGCUCCUCAAAUCCAUCGUUGGCCGCCGUUUCGUCGUCGCGCAAGUGUACGAUGCCAUGGACAAGGUGGCGGAGAUGCUCGUGACAAACCAGUCCUCUUCGAUCCGCGAGACGUGCCGGUCCCUUUUCUUGCAGUUCCUCCUCGAUUAUCCGCAGGGCAAGAAGAGGCUCAGCAACCAGAUGCACUUUCUGGCCAAGAACGUAUCCUACACGUACGAGAGCGGUCGCUUGAGCGUGAUGGAGCUCAUAAGGGUCGUCUUGGCCAAGUUUGACGCGACACUCCUCAAGGACUACCUCGACGUAUUCUUUGUGGCGUUGGUCAUGGUGCUCGCGAAUGACGACUCGGCGCCGUGCAGGGAUGAGGCAGCGAAGCUCAUUACAACGAUCGUGACUCUAUCUGACCGCUCUGAAGGAGAGCAGGACGAGAACGGUAUUGGGAAGCUCGUGCGCCUGACCCAUGCCUGGGCCGAGCAAAGCGACAAGCCGGCGCUCGCCCGUGUCGCUGUGCAGACUUAUGGUCUCCUCCUCGAUGGAGCGCCGGCGUUCGCUUCUUCCUGGGCACCCCGAGCGACCAAGAACGCGUCGAAACUCCUUGAGCAUUGUGUCGAACAGCUCGAAGAAGUCGAACGGAUGGGACUGCCAGCGGAAUCAAUGGGCCAGGAUAUCGUGACGCAGCUCGACCUCGAUUGGCAGCUACCGUACCAAACCAUGCAGACUCUUUCGAAGCUAUACAAGCGCGAAGACUGCCGGUCGCUUCUCGACGACGCCAACAUCUGGGCCGAUGUUAGGGGCCUACUCCUGUUCCCUCAUUCAUGGGUUCGCAUUGCCGCGUGCCGCUUGCUUGCCUCACUCUUUGCGCAUGCCGACCAGGAGGCUGUGGUUGACAGACUGCGCGGCAGCGGGGAAGACGAGGCUCUCGGACUCGUUUCGCUCGUCGAUGCGGCCCGGAAGAUGGCCCUCCAGCUCAAGAGCCCUCAACUCGAAGAAGAUCUGGGUUUGCAGAUUGUUAAAAACCUCGUCUUUUUAGGACGAUGCUUUGCGCCCAUCUCCAAGUCGAUCGUUACGAAGGACCAGGAAGUCUCUGUUGACGGAAUGGACGCCGUCGCAGACGACGGUGACCAUGAGGACAGCGAGGAGGAGUCCGUCGACGAGGGGCCGGACAAACCUGAGGCCGAAGAGGAAAGGGAGACCGAACAGGGCUGGCGAGAGAAUCCGCUUGCCUGGCUCUUUUCGAAGCUGUCCUACCAGGCCCGCACAGCUCGGUUGCAUGGCGAGCUCAACAACUCCGUCUCGGGGGCCGGUAGCGUUCGAGGAACCAAGGCGAUCCUUCAAUGGAUGGCUGCGAUGUCCCAGCACCUCUCCACAAAGGGCGACGACGAGGAGACUGGAGGAAAGAAGAAGCUCGAGGCCUUCUUGCCCCACAUCAUCCACGUCCUGUUCAGACUCGUCAGCGACCCAGUCAUUGCGUCUCAGCCUUCUACGUCGGCACUCUCCGACCUCGCAAAGGAGGUGCAGGAGCUCGUUCAGGGCCUCGUGGGAACUAGCGCAUUUGCGAGCGUCUGGACGCGCGUGCAGGCACAGGUCCGGGAGAGGCGAGAGCGAAGGAGGCAGCAGGUGCUCACGAGGGCCAUCAGGGAUCCCGAGGCGCAGGAGCGGAGGAAGCGCAAAAUCAAUGAGAACAAGCACAAGAACCGGAAGAGAAAGAACCAGGUCCAUGCGUCAAGAAAGGAGGGCGUCAGGCCAGUCAAGCGACAUAGAAUGUAG